AUGUCUACUGAAUCGCAAGAUGUCAACAACAAACCCAAACAAUCGCCAGGCCAGGAUCGACACAUUUCGAGCUUUCCUAGUGCAGCGUCACUAGUGACCCUCUCAGCACGCACCAAAGCGUAUUUGCAGAGCCACAUAGAUGAUCCGCCUUCAGAUUCCGAGUCAGACAGAGAGGACGAAAACACAGGCUCUGGUGAUAUGAGUUCCCACUCCCUCUGGAAGCGCCUUAGUGAUGUUCUAACCGUAGUAGCCGAUAACUCACAAAACAAUGAGACACGUGCUUCCAUGUCCCGCGCGCGCCCGCUACGGAAACGUUCUGGAUCGGCUAAACCUAUUUUAAACCAUACGCCAACCGAAGAGGAGUUAACCGCGCCGUAUAUACCGGAAGAGAUUCCAGAACAGCCCGAGUUUAUGAGAUCACCAAGUGAGCCUACGCUUGCCGAAUCUGAAGAUGUGCAACCGGGGGAACAUGAAGCUGAUACGGAUGCUAGAACUAGUGCUAGGGAUUCGUUAAAAGCGGCUGUUCGCAGGGUGGUUAAUUUUGGAAGAGCAACUGGAGAAAGUAUGGGUCGGACUCACUUACAAACUGCUGAAACUAUAGGCGUGCUUAUACCGACAUUUCCCAGUGCACUUGCUGUACCCUUUUUAUGGAUUAGAAAGGACAAUAAAGGAAGAAGUCCGCCUCCAGUAUUAUUAGAUGCAUUAAGACUUGCGAUCACCGACUCUGUUCCUGAUGAGCACUUUUACCACAUAAGUAACGUCUUCCGAAUAGAACUUGAAUACGGCGACAUCAAAUGGGUUGUCAACCGUACAGGUGCAGAUUUUCUUUCACUCUACGUCGCCCUCAAGUCUCGCCUCGAAUUGCCUGCCAUACCAGCUUUUCCUGCUGGUAUUUACUCUUGGCUUAAAUCCAGUCUUUUUCCUGGUUCAUCUGCCCAGCGUGCCUCUCGUGCUAAUCAGGCAGCAUUAGAGAGGAGAAGAGAGUUGCAGGAUUAUUUGCUACAGCUGACCACCAUACUGAGUCUACACGUUGUUUACGAACUCUAUGAAUUUUUUGAAUUGAGUGCUAUUUCGAUUACUAGAGACAUGGGUUGGAAAGGAAAAGAAGGUUAUUUGGAGAACAAAGUUGAGAAAUUUUACAGGCCAAUUUGUACCUUUAAGACGUCCAACGAGAAAUGGGAGAAGGAAUGGGUGAUUGUUAGAGAUUCGUAUCCUUUUUAUCUGUCGUUCGGCGAAGAGAGACUAUGUAUAUACGUGAAUGGAGGAUUUGUCAGAUUGCAUCAGACGUCAUCCUACAUAGGUUUCUGUACCGAUAUUUCUUCUCGCACACCAGCUGAUGUAUUCCUACUUGAUAGUGACUUCAAAUGUGAGAUGUACGAGAAAACUGGGUUAUCGGGAAUGUUCCAAAUGCAUGAUCGUGUCAACGUCGAAAAUUCAUCCCGACGAAUUGAACUCAAGGGAGAUUCUCGUAUGUUAAAGGAAUUUAUGUUGAGUGUCAGUAGACUGAAGCAAUCAUCACCGUGGGUCAAACAACAUCGGCACAAGUCAUAUGCGCCUAUUAGAAAAAGCGCAAAAGUUAAAUGGUAUAUCGAUGGGAAAGAUUACUUCUUUGCGGUGAGCGAGGCUAUUGCUGCUGCCAAACACGAGAUUUAUAUUGAAGAUUGGUGGCUGUCGCCGGAAUUGUAUCUUCGUCGUCCGCCAAAGGACAAUGAAGAUUUUCGUCUGGAUAGGUUGUUGAAGAAAAAGGCCGAAGAAGGGGUUAUGAUUUAUAUCGUUGUAUACAAAGAAGUUUCUUAUGCCUUGACCCUGGAUUCUCAUCAUACUAAAUUUUACUUGCAAGGCCUACACAAGAAUAUCAAAGUCCAAAGACAUCCAGAUCAUGGACCGGACGGGAUUAUGUUCUGGGCGCAUCAUGAGAAAAUGGUCGUGGUGGACUCUCGAUUAGCUUUCAUUGGGGGACUCGAUUUAUGCUUUGGCAGAUAUGAUACUCAUACCCAUCAGCUAGUUGAUUAUCAUCCAACUGGCAGACAACCAACUAUAUGGCCAGGACUAGAUUACUCUAAUCCACGUGUUAAAGACUUUGCAAACGUCAAGGACUUUAAUGCUGAACUCGUCGACAAAACGAAUGUUCCGCGUAUGCCAUGGCAUGACGUAUCCGUAGGAAUGGUUGGUCCACCAGCUCGAGAUGUAGCCAGACAUUUUGUGCAAAGAUGGAACUUUAUCAAAGAUUCUAAGGCAUACGGUCGUGAGAGUUUGCCUUUCUUGAUGCCAAAGGGCGAAUAUGUCAGUACACGUGAUGAAUCAAAGUUUAAAGGUUCAUGUAAAGUACAGUUGCUCAGGAGCAGUUCUGCAUGGAGUAGUGGGAUCAAGCUUGAGAAUUCUAUUUAUAAUGCUUAUUGUCAUUUAAUUCGAAACGCAAAACAUUUUAUAUAUAUCGAGAAUCAGUUCUUUAUAACUUCUUCGGAAAGAGACUCCAGCAGCGUUGUUAAGAAUAGAAUAGGCGCACUACUUUUCGAACGUAUAAAAGAAGCGCACGCGAAGAAGGAAAAGUUUCGCGUUAUUGUAGUGAUGCCUUUAUUACCAGCUUUUGAAGCCGAUUUAAACUCAAAUGAUGCAGGAACUAUUCGCAUGGUAAUGCACUGGCAAUACGUGUCCAUGUGCCGAGGCGGUAAAUCCUUGUUAGAGAAGAUAGCUGCAGAAGGCAUAAACGCAGAAGAUUACAUUAGCUUUUUUGCUCUCCGGAAUUAUGAUCGAGUUAACAAUAUAACUAAGGACACCAUUAGUAAGGAAACAAAUAAUAGCGAUGCAGGCAGUACACUCGGUUCAACGGAAAGCACAAUUAAUGUCCCCGAUUCGAUUGCGCAAUAUGCAAUGGGGGACAAAGACGCUCCUCCUAUCACUAAUGAAACAGUAGAUGAUAAUAGCCAUAAACGUGGGGAUUCGUUCUCGGACGAGAAAUCCAUUCCUCAUGUAGAAAAGGGGUUGGGUGGAACUGAGCCUGUUCGCCCUGUCGCUAUGUUAUCUACUGAUCUCAAGCAAGCUUAUGUUACGGAAGAAUUAUAUGUACAUACAAAAGUAUUGAUUGUGGAUGACAAAUACGUCAUUUGUGGAUCAGCCAAUUUAAACGAUAGAUCUCAGCUAGGCAACCGAGACUCUGAGAUUGCAAUCCUUGUCGAGGAUACAAAGACUGUCAAAUCAAGAAUGAACGGUGAAGAGUAUGAUGCCGCCAAAUUUGCAUAUACCAUGCGGGUAACGCUUUUCAAAGAACAUCUCGGGCUUCUUCCACCACAACACCACCAUACGAUGGAACGGAGUAGUUUGCCUCCAAUGAGUCCAGAAGAACUCGCGACAUUCGCUCAUGCUAGAGACGAGAGUGUAUCGCAAAUAUUCGAUUUUUCACCGGAUGCACCAGAUACUAAGCAUCCGACAAAAGAGGAUUUGAUAGUGAUGGAUCCAUUAUCAGACAAGUUCUACAAUUAUUGGUUGGAAACUGCGCGGACCAAUACUGAAACAUAUAGGGCUGUGUUCAGAUGCAUUCCUGAUGAUAAUGUUAGAACCUUGGAAGAAUGUCGGCAAUUCGUUCCGGAUCCUAAGACCGUGCCUGUUGGACACGUUGCUAAUGCGCAGGCUUCUGCUGAAGAUGUUGGCGAGAAACUGAGAAAGAUACGUGGACAUUUAGUUGUAUUUCCUUUGCACUUCUUAGAAGAUGAAAAUUUGCUUGGAAGUGUUAUAGCAAGUGCUGUUACUCCUGCUGAAAUUUUCACUGGAAUAAGAAUCAGGCCUCAACAGACUCGAUUAUUAUUCAAAGUUCUGGAAAACGCUAGACGUUGCGAAGAGAAUUAUAGGAAAGCUCAGCAAGCAAUAGAUGCUGCGAACGUUCUUGUUGCAAAUGAUCAUAAAGGGUUCGAUGAUUCACGCGUAUAG